CAUGCCGCAUGACGAGGCGCAGCUGUUCUCUGCUGAUGAACUGUGCAACCGCGGGUGGUUCUACCACAAGGAGCACCAAGUGUGGUUCACACGCGUGCCCAACAGUGAGCCCGUGGUGAAGACCCCCACGUACGAGCGCGGCUCCUACUACUUCUUUGACCCCACCGUCUGGGAGACCGGGCGCAAGGACAACUUUGUGCUUCAGUAUGAGAUGCUUGAGGCCCUUGGCUCUUCUCAUAACACACUGACAUGCCAACCUUCCCCGCUCUCUUCUGCUCUCCUCCUCCCCCCCUCCCGCCCCACCACCCCGCAACACUCUCAGGACAACUUCGUGCUACACUCCUCUCGUCCGCGUGCCUCCUCCGGAGAAGCCAUGGCGGCUUCCGCGGAGCUUGCCGCGUAUGCGUUUCACGCGGCGUCGCCGCGUCUCCGUUACAGCGGAACUGGCGCGGCGGACAACUCUAGUUUCUCCGCGUCUUCUGCGUUCGCCAUAGUCCCGUUAUCCAGCCGCGUCGCUUCCCUCCGCAUCGUUUCCCGCGCGCCAUUGCGCCGAUCCGCUCUUAGCCCGCCCACCUUUGUCGCGCACGCUGCUUCCCGCCAACAGCCGGAAGAGCAUGUGGAGGAGAUAGCGCGCGGAGAUAUAGAGGUUAGGGGGGAGAAGGUGCGGUUAGCGGAGAGAAACGGCGGAAUGAGAGUAAAAAAUAGGAGCGCAAGCUUAAAGAACGGCGGAGAAUCGAACAGAGAGGGAAAUGAGCGACGGUUGGAGCGUGAGAAUCGGUCGGAGGAGCGCGAGAGGCGGUCCGAACAGCAGGGGAAGGUUCGUAAGGGAAUGGCAGUUACGAGGCGUCAGGUUCUCGCAACUGCCGCUGCGGCUGCUGCUGCAGGGGGGAUUGCUGAACGCGCAGCAGCAGCAGGGCUUGUGAUACCAGGAGCGAGGAGUUGGAGGGGAGGAAACGGAUUAGGGUUUGUGGAGGGGGAAGAGAGCGGGGGAGUGGAGGGGAAGGGGCGCGGGGGAGCGGGGACGAGUGUGGGAUCCGCGCUCGAUAGCUUAUCGGAGCGGGUGUGCACGUUCAUGCUUGCGAACGGCAUGCGUUGGAUUGUAGUGGAGCGGCGGGCGGCGCCGAUUGUCUCGUGCCACACGUACGCGGACGUGGGGGCGGCAGACGAGGCGGAUGGGUGCACGGGCGUGGCGCAUCUAUUGGAACAUCUGGCGUUUAAAGGCACCCCCGUUAUAGGAACGAGAGAUGCUCAAAAGGAGGCUCGGCUACUGGAGCUUGUAGACGAGGCGUUCUACGGGCUGAAGGAGGCGAGAGAGGGAGGGGCAGCAGAGGGCACGGUCAAGCGCCUGGAGGACGAAUUUGCUCGCCUGCAGCAGCAGGCCGCGGAACUGUCUGUGCCAAACGCGUUUGGCGCCCUGGUGUCGCGGGAAGGGGGCGUGGGGCUCAACGCGACCACCAGCCAGGACUCCACACAGUACUUUGUCUCCCUGCCAGCCAACAAGCUCGAGCUCUGGAUGGCCCUUGAGAGCGGCCGGUUCCUGGCGCCUGUGUUCCGAGAGCUGUACAGUGAGAAGGAGGUGGUGAGGGAGGAGAGGCGACUGCGCAUUGACAACACGCCCUACGGCCGCUUCACAGAAGCCUUUGCUCAGCGGGCGUUUCCCCACAGCCCCUACGGACGCCCCACCAUUGGAUACCCGUCUGAUUUCGAUCGCUUAGGAAGGAAGGAGGUGGAGGCGUUCUUUCAGCAGCACUACACGCCUGACAAGCUCACAUGCGCGGUGGUGGGGGAUGUGUCAGCAGCAGAGGUGGAGCGGCUAGCAACCAAGUACUUUGCACCGUGGCAGCCCAUCACCUCUCCCUCAGAGCCCAUCCUAGCCCUCCCCUUCUCCCUCGCCUCCUCCUCCUCUCCUCUCCUCCUCGCCUCGGCUUUCCCACUCCCUCUCUCCUCCUCCCCUCCUCUCUCCUCCACCACUCCCUCUCUCAACCCCAUCUCCUCCUCCUCCUCUUCCGCCUCUCGUGCCUGGCGAUCAGGGAGCAGAGAAGAGGGGUGGGAGGCGGCGAGAAUGGCUGCUGCUGCUGUGGGGGAGGAGAGGGAGAUGAGAAUGAGCGUGGGUGCCAACCCGCUGUAUUUCGAGGGUAAAACACCCUGUGGUUGCUAUUUCCGCCCCUACUCAUCCUCGGUGGACGAUCCGGUCAUCUCUGUAAUCAGCUCUCUGCUCUAUGGCUCUCGCUCCUCCCGCCUCUACAAAAACCUAGUGCUGCCAGGCAAGGCCCUCUCAGCCAGUGCCACAGAGACCUACCCCGGAGAUAAGCGCCCCAGUCUCUUCCUGCUCUCCGCCUUCCCUCCUCUCGGCGGCACCACCGAUGCGGCCGCAGCAGCGUUACAGGAGCAGCCACAGCACAUGACAGACACGCGCGUGCCCUUACGCCUAGCCUCACGUCUCAAACUGCCUGCAAUGUUCUGCGGCACAACUGAUGCAGUGGCAGCAGCACUGCAGGAGCAGCUGCAGCACAUGGCGGACACGCGCGUGCCUGAAAGCGACCUGGCUCGGGUCCGCAAGUCCCUGCGGGAGCUCCUAGGCAGCAAUGCAGGCUUGGCGCGGGUGUGCUGUGAAUACUCCAUGCAGGCGGGCAGAUGGGAGGCUCUGGUGGAGGAGGUGCAGAGCAUUGAGGAGGUCACUCCCACAUCCGACACGCUAUCACUUCUGAAUCGACUCAAAAGGCCCCGAGCUCUUGAGCAGCAAUUCAGGCUUGGCGAGGGUGCUGAGUAUUCAACCAGGGCGGGCAGAUGGAAGACACUAGUGGAGGAGGUGCAGAGCAUUGAGGAGGUCACCCCCAGGGACGUGUGUAAGAAGGGACGUCACUCUUUGGAGCUCCUAGGCAGCAAUUCCGGUCUGGCGCGAGUGCUGUGUGAAUACUCUACCCGGGCGGGCAGAUGGGAGGCACUAGUGGAGGAGGUGCAGAGCAUUGAGGAGGUCACUCCCAGGGACGUGCAGCAGAGUGACCCUGGAAUUGUCAAGCUGGAUUGUUACCUUUUCCGCCUUUUGCACGUUUUCUCUCUCCCUAUGCACCUCUCCUCUCCUCCCAUGCAGUUCUUCUCUCUUCCCAAGCACCAUUCCGUAGGCGGGGGAUACCCAGUGGGCGGUAUCGUCCUAUUAAUAGAAGACUCGCUCUCACCCCUCCACCUCAUUCUCCUCCGCUACUUCCUCUCUCAAGGCCUCUCCCACUCCCACCCACUCCUCCUCCUCUCACCCCUCCCCGAUCCCCAAGCCUUUCUCGCCACGCUUCCGGCGCCAGCCGAGGGAAAGGCAGGUUCGGGAGCGCUCGCAGGUCCGGUUGGCCGGGCAGGUCCGGGAGGGCUUUCCGAGCCUCAAGGCCUGGGUUGGUCGCAGGAGGAGAGAAGAGCAGGGGGUGUCGGAAGGGGAGAAAGUGUGGGGGAUGGGGGAGGAGGGGGUGAUGGGUUGAGAAUAGCAUGGCAGUAUAAGCACUUGGCUCCCCAGUUCACUGGAGUGGGAUCAGGAGGGGCAGCAGGUGCGUCUGUACCGUACUGCACCGAGUUUGACCUCCGCACACCACUGUCCCGGCCGUCGCUAAGGCAUGCGCAGCAGCUGUGCACGUGUGUGCCUCUCUGGGUUGAUGCUCUAACGGCAGGGACAGGAGGCAGCUGCACACAGCAAGAGCUGGCGCAGAAUGGGGACUCUGGAGCAACGUCAGGUUUCACCCAAGACUUGUUUGGCCGUGUGUCAGGGUUCCUGUCGUCCCUUGAUUCCAACGUUCCAGCAGAUGCUGCUUCCUCUGCACCUGGUGGGUCUACAGGAGCUGGCUUAAGGGGUGUGGGAGGAGGAGGAGGUGGGGGGAGCGGAGAGGCGGGAGGAAGGGUGGGUCGCAUUGGUGUUCAUUCUCUGGGAGCUCCUCCAUCAUUGCUGUUGUCAGGAGAUGAUGCGCUGGUGGGUCUGGAUCAUAUGCCCCUAGUGAGUUCAGACACCUUCUUUUACUUUUCAAAAAUGCAUUCUCUGGGAGCUCCUCCCUCAUUGCGGCUGUCAGGAGAUGAUGCGGAGGUACUUGCAUGGCUGCAGUGGUUGAAAGGCUGUGUUCGCACUUUGCCCGUUACAGUCCUUGUAACAAUUCCUAGAGAUGAAGGAGUUAUACCCCCACACGUGUUGCUGAGACUGCAGCAUGCAGCGGACUUGGUGUUGGCGAUGGAAGCUCUGGAAGAGGACAAUGCGGAGCUAGCCAGUGGCAUCUCGGACUACAAGGACGCCUUGGGUCUCAUUCGCAUUCGCAAAGUCUCCAUGCAGAACUCCCUGGUGCCUCGCAUGCCAGCAGUGACCACUCUGGUGCUGAGAGCAGUGAACAGGAAGCGACAGAUAGUGGUGGAGGAGGCACACCCACCCCCGAUCGAUGCCACUGGGGGAGCAGCAGGUUCAAGUGGCAGGGGAGGCUCGGUUGGAUGUGGUAGUUCAGGCGGGGGAAGCAAUGCUCUGGAUUUCUGA